CUCCUUCACGUGCCUCGUAGGAUUCCAGUCAACUCAGCACCGCUCAUUCGGACAAAACAGACUUGUUUUGUUAUCCAACUUCGCACCCUAUCUUAUUUUGGGUGAAUAAAGUUAGCUACAUACCACCACCUAUAAUGACUACCAACGGUAAUGACAGGACAACUCAAUGGAAAACAACAAUUAUAGUCAGCACAUCACUUCAGAAUCAUGACACAUCCAGGAUGCUUCUUGCACAGCACCAUCGGAUCCGAUUCUCAGACGCUGUCAAGUCGGGAUCCAUUGUUUUCCCGCAGUCAGGUAUUGCGUUCCUCAUAAUAAACCCACAAGAACUACCAGAGAACCUUGAGGAAGCAGGACUGUUUGACAAGAUCAAGAUGUUUGUGACGGUUCACCGCAAUAGUUUCCUUCUCUUGCAAGCCCCUUUUUAUGGGAAGAAGGAACUGGGCAUCAUGUCAGUGAUACAGCACAGAUUCCUUGGCAGCAAUCUCAGAGUUCUACCUGUACGUAACAACACAGAGAUAGUCAAGGGGAUGCUGACUAUAGCCAAAGCCACCAGUAAGCCCCAUGUUGACAGCGUGCGGGAUCGGAUGUCUCUGGCCAGAGCCCACAUUAUAGAGAGCAGCUCUGUCUGGGAGAUGCUCAAGGACAUUAAGCUGAGGUGAGCAGCUGGUGCAGAGUGGGGAUGCCAGGUCCCCUCAAACCUACCUGUUCAUGAUAGGUUAGUGACUCUAAUGAUUGAUUUAUGCUAGGUCUGGCAUCAGCUGUGUUUAUGGUCACAAGCACAGAAUGGCUUUAACCCAACUGGCAUGUGUUUAGUGUGCUUGAUAUACUCAAUGCAUCCAAUCCUGUAUCCAGAAGAAUACUAUUACUGUAUAGAUUCAAUAGAAAGUCAAUUGAAAAUCCAGCAUUGCAAAUAAGUGAAAUGAGGCUUAAAUAAAUCAAAUAAAAAUUG